UAUUUAUUAUAUAAUUGAGGAAAAAGAAUACUAAAAAAAAAAAAAAAAGGGCAGUAUUAAAUAUAGAACAGACAGAAGAGGAAGAUCAUAGUAAUGGCCGAUGUAUGAAGAAGUCAAACAAGCAACGACGAACAUAAGCUAUUGCCAUCUCCAACACUACUCACACACACACACACACACAUUAAUUCCUUUCCUGCUCACUCUCCCCUUUCAUGGUUUCUCUCUCUCUUACAUAUUUAUGCUUUUGCCAACCCAUCAUCAUCACCAUCCUCUCUCUCUCUCUCUCUUAAAGCAUUUGAUAAUUUUAACAAACAAUGCUUUUCCUUUCACAAAAGACGCAUAGCUAGCAGCCACCAGCAAAACCUCUAAAUACCACCAUCACCACCACCACCACCACCACAGCAGCAGCCCUCUCUUCUCUCUUCCUUUUUAUUGUUUUAUUUUUUUGCUUUCUUGGGUUCCUUCUCGGUUUAUGAAGAAAGAUUCAGAUACAUCCAAAAGCCCAUGGCUAUACGCUAUGUUUUACUAGUUUUCUUGUGUUAAAAUAUAAGUGCCGAAAAACAAAAAAGAAAAGAAAAAGAUUCAUAGGGUUGUGUUGGGAACUGGGAGAAAGAAAGAAAUCAAGAAAAGAAUCCCGAAGCCGCUCACUUUCUUUAUACCUGUUUCCCUGUCUUAAUCCUUACACCGUUAUCUGCUUUGGAUAUGCUCUCUUCUUCAUCUUCUUCUUCGUCUCCCUUUUCCAUAUAUCAUUGGCAGGCAACUCCUCUUCUUUUUUUAUAUUACUAUGAAUAUCAGGUGUCACACCUCCCCUUCACUUUCUGCAUAUCUUCUUGCUUUUGCUUAUACUCUUGGUCAUGGCUGCUGCUCCUGGGUCGUUGUUUCUUGAAAAUGGCAGCGAUACUCAUGAUUUGAAUGUAAGCUCCACCACUACCAACAGCAGCAGCAGCCCAUUAACAAGUGGCUCCAGCAAUACUACUAUUAGCAGCAGCAAAGAAUCAAAGAUGGUGAGGAAGAGAAUGGCGUGUGAGAUGAUGGAACUGCAAGCAACAACCUCAAACCAAAACCAGAGGUGUUAUCGUAGGAUGAUGAGUAAUAGCAGCAAUAACAAUACUGUUCAAGGUGUUGCAGCAGAUGAUAAUAUUAAUGGAGCAUGUUCUUCUUUGUUGACAAAUAUAAUUAACCCUAACGUUCAAAACCCAAACCCAAACCCAAACCCGAACCCAUAUCCAUUACUCAACUACUCCACUAUGAGCAUGACUACUACAAUGCUACCUUCUUCCACAAACAUGACAUCUAUGACGUCAGGCGGUUCUAUGUCUGCAUCUUUAUGUGGGUUUUUAUCUUCUACAGCGACAAACAACUUUUCUUCUUGCAACGACACCCUUUCAUCUCUUCAUACCCCAGCUCCAGCUCCAACUCCAACACCAACACCAACACCAACACCCGCACCAGCGCCAGCACCAGCACCAGCCGUUUGUGGCUUCUCUGGUCUACCUUUAUUCCCUUCUGAGGGAGAAAGAACCAGAAACGCUGCCGUUCCCGUGGUCAUUAGUAGCCCUUCUCCCCCUUCAAUGGAAGAUGCCUCUGCUACUGCUUGGAUAGAUGGUAUUAUUAAAGACCUUAUCCAUAGCUCUACUAAUGUUUCUAUUCCUCAACUUAUUCAGAAUGUUAGAGAGAUUAUCUUCCCUUGUAAUCCAAGUCUUGCUUCUCUUUUAGAGUACAGACUCCGUUCUUUAGCUGAGGCUAUACCCAAUUAUCCGGUCGAUAGGAGAAGGAAAGAAGCCUAUAGUAAUAUUCAAGGGCAGGGUUCAUCUGGGUUGUCUCUCAACGUUACUAGCUUUCCAUCAUUGCCAGAUUCUACUGCAGCCGUGGCCGUGGUUGCUGCAGCUCCGCCUGUUGUCAAUCAAUACCCAAGUUGGGGAUCCACACCCCCCUUGAUAAACCAACAUAUACAUCAUCACCAAAUUCAUAUUCAUGACCAACAACAGCAGCAACAAGGCAGCCCCUCUUCAACUUCGGUUACACCACCGGUUUUAGGAUUAAAUCAAGGGCAUCCACAUCCCCAGCCGCAACAAGAGCAAGAAAAAUCCUCAUCAGCAGAAACAGAACAUGUAGCAGCCUCUACACCAGCUUCAGUACCUACUCCUCCCACUAGCGCAAGAGAGAAAAAAGAAGAGCAACGGCAACAAAAGAGGGAUGAAGAAGGUCUGCACCUUCUAACGUUACUUCUCCAAUGUGCAGAGGCCGUUUCAGCAGAUAAUUUUGAAGAAGCGAACAAAAUGCUACUGGAGAUAUCACAACUCUCGACACCAUAUGGUACAUCAGCGCAGCGUGUUGCUGCUUACUUCUCCGAAGCAAUGUCAGCAAGGCUUAUCAAUUCUUGCUUAGGAAUAUAUGCAACACUUCCAUCAAUGCCCUUAACUCACACUCAAAAAAUGGCGUCAGCGUUUCAAGUAUUCAAUGGAAUUAGUCCUUUUGUGAAGUUCUCACAUUUCACUGCUAAUCAAGCAAUACAAGAAGCUUUUGAAAGAGAAGAUAGAGUGCAUAUAAUAGAUCUAGACAUCAUGCAAGGAUUGCAGUGGCCUGGUCUGUUUCAUAUCUUGGCAUCCAGGCCAGGUGGGCCUCCUUAUGUGAGGUUAACAGGACUGGGUACCUCCAUCGAAGCACUUGAAGCUACUGGAAAACGGUUGUCAGAUUUUGCUCAAAAACUGGGCCUCCCUUUUGAGUUCUUUCCGGUGGCUGAUAAAGUUGGAAACUUGGACCCAGAUAGGUUAAACGUUAGCAAGAGGGAAGCUGUUGCUGUUCACUGGUUGCAACACUCUCUCUAUGAUGUUACUGGUUCCGACUCCAAUACUCUCUGGCUAUUGCAGAGGUUGGCACCAAAAGUCGUGACAGUAGUAGAACAAGACCUUAGCCAUGCGGGUUCAUUUUUAGGCAGGUUUGUGGAGGCAAUACACUACUACUCGGCGCUGUUCGACUCGCUAGGAGCUAGCUACGGCGAGGAGAGUGAAGAGAGACAUGUGGUAGAGCAGCAAUUGCUAUCAAGAGAAAUACGAAAUGUGUUAGCAGUAGGAGGUCCUUCAAGAAGUGGAGAAGUGAAGUUUCAUAAUUGGCGAGAGAAGUUAAGGCAGUCUGGUUUCAAGGGCAUUUCUCUUGCGGGAAAUGCUGCUACUCAAGCUACUUUGCUUCUUGGGAUGUUUCCUUCUGAUGGGUAUACUUUAGUGGAGGAUAACGGAACUUUAAAACUUGGCUGGAAAGAUCUUUGCUUGCUUACUGCUUCAGCUUGGCGGCCUUUUCAUGCCACCGCUACUGCAGCCGCCGCCACUGCUACUGCUACUGCCGCUGCUAUUCAUCGAUACCAUCACCAUCAAUUUGCUACUGCCUAGUACGAGUAAAGAUUUUUCUUGCCAAUACCAUUUUGUUGAUUAAAUACAUGGUCUCUUUUCCUUUUUUUUUUUUUUUUUUUUUAUUCCUUAAAGUUUGGUUUUAACUUUCUAAUCAUAUGUAUUACCUUCAUUGCUUUAAAUCUUGAAUGUUAAAUUUAUUAGCCA